ACAGCACCAGCACCACCCCCUGCGGAGAGGAACACCACCAUGACCUGCUGAGAACUCCACUCAAACCACAUCACACGCUACAGCACCCCGCCACGUCACUCCACCAGCAGGGAGCUCCAAGCAGGUGUGUGUCCAGAAGUGUGUACGUGACGUGACGUCCUGAACCCUCCUCAACAUGGCGGUCAAUCUUCCCCUCGUCCUCCCCUCUCUUCCUCUCUCAUCCCUCUCUCAGCGCCUCUCCUCCUUCCUCCUCCUCUUCCUCUUCCUCUUCCUGGGCUCCACGCCCCGCCCCUCCCUGGCUGGCUCCGCCCCCGACCCCUCGGCAGCAGCGGCGGCGGCGGGGGGGAACUGCUCGAGCGACGACGUGUGUAUGGACGGCGUGGUGCUGCCCGUCUGGAACCCCCAGAACCCUGCGGUGGGCGAUAAGGUGGCGCGUGCCAUCGUCUACUUCGUGGCGCUCAUCUACAUGUUCAUGGGCAUGUCCAUCAUCGCCGACCGCUUCAUGACGUCCAUCGAGGUGAUCACGUCGCAGGAGAAGGAGAUCACCAUCAAGAAGUCCAACGGCGAGACCACCACGGCCACGGUGCGCAUCUGGAACGAGACCGUGUCCAACCUGACGCUCAUGGCGCUGGGCUCGUCCGCCCCGGAGAUCCUGCUGUCGGUCAUCGAGGUGUGCGGGCACGGCUUCGACGCGGGCAACCUGGGCCCGUCCACCAUCGUGGGCAGCGCGGCCUUCAACAUGUUCGUGAUCAUCGGCAUCUGCGUGUACGUGGUGCCCGACGGCGAGGUGCGCAAGAUCAAGCACCUGCGCGUGUUCUUCGUCACGGCCGCCUGGAGCAUCUUCGCCUACAUCUGGCUCUACCUGAUCCUGGCGGUCAUCUCGCCCGGCCAGGUGGACGUGUGGGAGGCCGUGCUCACCUUCCUGUUCUUCCCCGUGUGCGUGGUGCAGGCCUGGGUGGCCGACCGCCGCCUGCUCAUCUACAAGUACGUGCACAAGCGCUACCGCGCCGACAAGAGCCGCGGCAUCAUCGUGGAGACCGAGGGCGUCAGCGACAGCGUCUUCGCCAAGAUGGACGUGGAGAUGGACGGCCAGGGCGCCAACUCGCACCACCACAAGGAGGCGCUAGACGGCAUGCUGGCCGGCGUGGAGGAGGGGGGGGGAGGAGGAGGAGGAGGAGGGGGGGGCAGCCGUGAGGACGAGGAGGCGCGCAGGGAGAUGGCACGCACGCUCAAGGACCUCAAGCAGAGACACCCCGAUAAGGACAUGGAGCAGCUGAUCGAGAUGGCCAACUACCAGGUGCUGGUGCAGCAGCAGAAGAGCCGCGCCUUCUACCGUAUCCAGGCGACGCGCAUGAUGACGGGCGCCGGCAACAUCCUGAAGAAGCACGCGGCCGACCAGGCGCGCAAGGUGGUCAGCUGCCACGAGGCCAACGCGCAGGAGGAGGACCCCCACACCGUCUACCUGCAGUUCGAGCCCUUCCACUACCAGUGCUUCGAGAACUGCGGCUCGCUCAAGCUGACCGUGGGGCGCCACGGAGGGGACCCCGGCUGCACCGUCAAGGUGGACUACCGUACUGAGGACGGCACUGCCAACGCUGGCUCGGACUACGAGUUUGCGGAGGGCACCCUGGUGUUCAAGCCCGGCGAGACGCUGAAGGAGUUCACGGUGGGCGUGAUCGACGACGACAUCUUCGAGGAGGACGAGCACUUCUACGUGCACCUGAGCAACCCGCGCGUCGUCCACCGCGCCGAGGUCUCCGUGCUCGACCCCUCCGCCGUCGCCACGGGCAACAACAGCAUGCUGGGCCUCACCGCGCCGCUCAACUCGUCCCCGGCGCCGCCCCCCAAAGCCGCGCUCGGCAACGCCCACACCGCCACGGUGACCAUCUACGACGACGACCACGCGGGCAUCUUCACGUUCAAGAGCGCGUCCACGCGGGUCAGCGAGAGCGUGGGCACCAUGCAGGUGAAGGUGCACCGCACGUCCGGCGCCCGCGGCAAGGUGGCCGUGCCGUACCACACGCAGGAGGGCAGCGCCAGCGCCGGGGAGGACUACGAGGAGGGAGCCGGCAAGCUGGAGUUCCUCAACGAUGAGACCAUGAAGAUUCUGGAGGUGAAGGUGAUCGAUGAUGAGGAGUACGAGAAGAAUAAAACCUUCACCAUUCACCUGGGGGAACCAGUCCUGCUGGAGAUAGGACAGAAACACGGUGACUCCAAUGAUAACAAGCCUGCUGUGGGGAUGGAGGAGGAGGAGGUGGCCAAGAUGGGCUGUCCCAGUCUGGGGGAACACACCACACUGGAGGUGGUGAUCGAGGAGUCCUACGAGUUCAAGAACACAGUGGAUAAGCUGAUUAAGAAGACCAACCUGGCUCUGGUGGUGGGCAGCAGCAGCUGGAGAGAGCAGUUUGUGAGUGCCGUGACGGUCAGUGCAGGCGACGAUGAUGAGGAGGAGAGCGGUGAGGAGCGACUGCCCUCCUGCUUCGACUACAUCAUGCACUUCCUCACGGUGUUCUGGAAGGUUCUGUUUGCGUUCGUGCCGCCCACGGAGUACUGGAACGGCUGGGCCUGCUUCCUCGUGUCCAUCUCGCUCAUCGGCCUGCUGACCGCCAUCACGGGCGACCUCGCCUCCCACUUCGGCUGCACCAUCGGCCUCAAGGACUCCGUCACCGCCGUGGUCUUCGUCGCCCUCGGGACCUCCGUACCAGACACCUUUGCCAGUAAGGUGGCAGCUAUCCAGGACCAGUACGCGGACGCGUCCAUCGGUAACGUGACGGGCAGCAACGCGGUCAACGUGUUCCUGGGCAUCGGCGUGGCGUGGACCAUCGCCGCCGUCUACUGGCAGAGCCAGAACAAGGUGUUCCACGUGCCGGCCGGCUCGCUGGCGUUCUCGGUGACGCUGUUCACCACGCAGGCGCUGGUGUGCGUGAUGGUGCUGCUGUACCGCCGCCGGCCCGGCGUGGCGGGAGGAGAGCUGGGCGGCCCGCGGGGUCCUAAGCUCCUCACCACGCUGCUCUUCGUCUGCCUCUGGCUCGUCUACAUCAUGCUCGCCUCCCUCGACGCCUACUGCUACCUGCCCAGCUUCUAG